CUAUGAAAGAAGAGAAUUAGCUUCCUUACUUUUCGAUAAAAAAAAAUUAAUAAUAAAAUUACGAAAAAACCAAGUUAUCUUCUACAAUUAGAUUAUUACAAUGAUUAAUAUCCCGUAAUAUCGGGAUUAAUUAACGAUCUUCAUACUACGUUACUGUGAUGACAUCUUCGUGAUCACGGUGUCACAGAGGUUUUUUUCUUUAGGUUAUGUUCGAAGAAUGAGAACAAUUUAAAGAAUAUUUACAAAAUAACGAAAUUAUGAGAAUGGAUCAAAAUUAAAAUAUGACUAUAUUAAAUGAUUUAGAUCAUGAGGCUGUAUAUUUUGUAUGAUCUAUCGAGUUAUAAUGAUUUCAAAAUAUUAAUAAUUGUCGUAUGUUCGUACAGUAGGAAAAUGAAUAGUACUAUGUUUAGUACUAUGUCACAUUGUAAUAGUGCUGUGUUACAAUAAAGAUUUUUGGUUAUUUUUCUUUGGCUUUGAGAUAUAUUGUUAUCUAUUUCGACGAUGAACUCCGAGGACGAUACGCAAAAAGUUCAACGUGCACUUCUGGACGAAGCCCUGACGAAGGGAAUCCAACAAAACGAGCAGCAGUGCAAAAUAUGGACAGAUUAUAAGAAGGGUCAUCAGAAAGUUGCAGAGACACUACAGAUUUUUCAAAAAGACUUGUACGUGAAUUGUAUGGUACCAAUUGGGAAACGUGCACUGAUGAAAGGCAAAUUGAUUCAUACGAAUGAAAUACUUGCGUGCCUGGGUGAUGAAUAUUUCGCAAAGUAUAGUGCAUCAGGUGCAGCAGCUCUUUGUGAAAGAAGAAUACAAAGAGCUGAUGAAAUGUUAAAAAAAUUAAGUGCCGAAAGGGAUUUGUAUGAAAGUAAAAUGAUGAUGAUAGAAAACAAUAUUUUUGAGGACUAUGUUGGCAGAGAAAUUGUGGAACAUUGGAAUGAAGAUCAAAUUGUGGAAUGGAAGAAAAAACACAGAGAAAAAGAAAGAGAAUAUCAUCAGAAAUUAGCUAAAGUUAGGCAGGAAAAAAAUAAAAAAAUGGAAACUGAAGAAGAUUUAUUUAACAGGCUUGAUCAGCUUGAAAUUGAAGAAGAAUUAGCAGAAUUUAAUAGAUUAAAAGAUGAAAAAUAUGAACUUUUUAAUGAAAAUGAAUUGGAAGAAGGAGAAUGUUACUAUGAAUCAGAAAAUUCUUUUGAGAGUGAAGGAGAAGAAGAAGGAAAAGAAAGAGAAGAAACAAAAAAAGAAGAUUCUAAGGAAGAUAAUAAAGAAGUUCGUGGAAUAAAUCAGCUCAAAGUCGAAACUCAGAAAGUUAAAAAAUUGGUUUCGUUUGCAGAACCGGAAGAUAUUUUGAAUAAAGAAAAGGAAAAUUUAAUAAAAGAAAAAGAGAAAAGUAGUAAAAAUGUGGUAGAUUCAGAAGACGAUAUCCUUCGGAUAGAAUUCAAUUAUUCCAAAAAUAAAUCAGUUACGAAGUCAGAUGGAAAUUCGAUAGAAACGCCUGCAGAUAUUUACAGAUUAUUUUCAAAACCUAAAUCUAUCUUAAAAAGAUCACCAAAUGAUUUGAAUCCAGAACAAGCAACUCCAAUAGAGUAUAGUACAGAAGAAGAAGAAGAAGAGGAAGAAGAGGAAGAAGAAGAUGAUGAUGAUGAUGAUGAUGAUGAUGAUGAUGAUAAUGACGAGGACGCUGUUAAACUAUCAACUUAUGAAAUUGUAGUGAAAGAUAUCAAAGAGAAAAACACAGAAGAAGUUAUAAAGGAAGUUUUGGAAAAGAAGCAAGAGAGUAAAGAUACUAGGCCUAUUAGUAAAUUUAAAAAAGAUCGUCACUUAAGACUGUAAUGAAUAUAAAUAUGUUGCUGGCACGUUUUCAAUAAAAAAGUUUUGUAAU